CAGCUGAUAGUCUAUUCCCCAGAAUUGCCAAAAUAUGUCCAAGUCGUCUAAUAAUGAGGGGUUCAAGCAAAGGGUCAAGGAGUUUUUAGGGAUCAAAAAAGCUCCAGCAAGCCAUGCUAUUCCUAUUAGCAUUCAUGAAGGUCCCAGGUCGGACGAGUAUACCUUCACCAAUGAGCUCCUACAGGAAAUUGGAAGUGAAAGCCAAUAUGUUAACAGAAUUAGAAUGCUGAAGGAUCUUUGUGAUUUUCUUGUGAAUAGGAAACUGGAGGAUCAUGCUGUUGAAGCAGCUUGGUUAGCGGUGGAGGAUCUACUACAAGCUCAUCAACCUCUUGAUGCUAGGCACACAGCUUUACAAUUUAUGACUGUAUUGAUUUCAGGAACAUUUUUAUUGUCAUGGAUACCUGAAGUUAUACAAUAUGAAAAGUUAGAGGUCUUUAUGCCUUUGUUGAUCAAUGUAAUCCACUAUAACUCUAGCUAUCUCAAUGAAAGUACUGUUGCUGGUAUGAUCAGAGAAAUUUGUCAAAUUGCAAGGAAUAACAAAGAAGCCAAAAACAUAGAGUUAUCACUAUCUCUUUUGGAUGCCGUUGUGAGAUACAGUUCACUACCACUUAGUUCCGUUAAUGAGUUUAUUUCUGCUCUUUGUACAACAGUCAAUGUGAAAAAUUGUUGUCAAUAUAGCUGGAAGAUAAUGCGCAAUGUGCUUGGAACCCAUCUUGGUCAUCGUGGUGUUUACACUAUGUGUACAAUUAUGGAGUCAGGAAGGCAACAGCAGCAAAAYAAUGCUACUCUGGUGGAAAACUUUCACAUUCUUUUGAACUACAUUGAAGAGCUGAUAGAGUCUUCAACUUUCAAAGGACCACAGGACCGAUUUUAUGAUAUUGUUGAGAAAUGUGCCAGCAAAAGACCAGAGAGUUCAUUGCUGCUUCUAGUGUCAUUCAGGGCUCAAGCUGUUCAUCCUGCACARGCCAAUUGGAUAAUCAAUUUACAAAUCCUCAUGGAAAAAUUUUUCAGAUAUGAGAUUAGAACUACUGUUAGAAUCAAAGCUUUGGAUAUAUUGUCAUUCGUAUUAACUUCUUAUCGUCAUUGGUAUGAAGAAGAAUUGCUGGAUAAAGCUGUAUUACCAUUUCUUCGYACCAUUGCUAAUGACCCUGAUGUUACUGUGAGAAUUGCUGUCCUUCACCUGCUUCUUGACCUGUCUCAGACAUGUGACUCCUCCAAAUGUACAGACAUACUGAAUAUUAUAAAAGAUGUCAUCAGCAGACGAGUAGAGGUUCCAGGAAAAGGAUCAGCAAAUCUUGCUCAAGAAAAUGAGGAUGAAGAUGUUUUAAAGGACAUCAAGACAGCAAUUAGUGGACUAGUCCARGUGUUCAAGGUCAAACUGUUCCGGCUUCCUCACUGCCAUGCACAGCAGGUKUUCAGUCUUCUGGUUACUCACUUAGGGGCCCAUUACUACAAUGGUUAUAACAGUAAYAUAGCCAGUGCUCUUAGGAAUAUUAUUUUUGAGUGUUUUCUGUCGAUGCGUUGUGAUACCUGUCAUCGUUUAGGAUUUGUAAAUGGAUCCGAAGAUCAUCAAACAUUCAGUCAUUACUUUGUUUGUACUGAAAGUGCAAUCAUCAGUAGCAGUGAAACCAAAGUCAGAUCUCUUGCUGUUAUUCCAUAUUCAGAUGCUUUCAAUUUGAUUCUUAACUGCCUUCAAUAUGAGUGGGACUGGACAGUACUAGAGGGCGUUCUUUCCAGCCUUCCCAGUGUCCUACAGAACAAAACUCUUGUCUUAGCUGGGGAACCAAGUUUGAAACAAAUGUCAUCAGUACUAUGUAAAAUGGUGUCUGAUCCUGCAACAGUUCUGGAUCUUCAAAAAGUUCCUAGAGGAGUUGGUAGAACAGGUUUUCAUGCAUUAGUCUUUCCAGUUUUGACAGUUUUGGCAACUUAUCAUUUCAAACUUGGAAGAACCCAUCAGAGUGAGCUGGUAAGGUCGCUUGAGCUUGGAUUUUUAUCGAAGUGUGCAAAUCUUUGYGUUUCAUCACUGACAUUAUGCACYAUGGAAAUGCAGCCUGUCAUGAAUAGUCUGCUUCCAGCCAUUCUAGUUCGGCUGUCACAAAUCUCAGCSACCGUGUCUAUGGCCGUGCCGAUGCUAGAGUUCCUAUCAGGUCUUGUGCAUCUACCUCACUUGUAUGCAAGCUUUAAGGAGAAUCAGUACAAAAGUGUGUUUGCUAUCUGCCUGCCAUACACAGACUCAUUUAGGUACUCGCAGUAUACUGUUACAUUGGCCUAUCACGUGAUCACAGCGUGGUUUGUGCGUGCUCGGCUACCAUAUCGGAAAGAUUUUGUUGGUUUUAUUGCAAAGGGCUUAAAAACAAACAUUAUUAAACCUGAACGUCAUGACUCCAGAGCUGAUAGUCCAUCCAUAGGAUUACGAUCACGCAGUAGUAGYUCAAGUCAAACAGCACAUUCUACCACACGAUCAGCCUCUCCUGUCAGCCCGUUACAGCUUAAAGAAACAGAUUCAGCCCACGAGUUCCAUAAAGAGAUGAGCGAAGUGUGCAUGGAUAUGAUGGCAAGGUAUUCGUUUGCCACCUGUUUCUCUCAACCAAAAAGGACUGCAGCUAUGGAUUUCCUUCUGUCAAAGGGUCUUACCCGUAGGUGGGUCGUUGGCAAUUCGGUCGUGUCAAUCACUACAUCAGGAACAUAUAUUGACCUUGAUAAGACUUGCGAGAACUGUCUGCCACUUCAAAACAGACCUAAAACAGACAGGAAUGCAUCUUUUAACUCCACUUUAUCACCAGUACGGUGGCGAGAAAGAGAAAGUGUCAUGGAAGAUGCAACAGUGUACAAGAAAAGUGAAGAAGAAAACACUGGAAGUKCGUCUGUACCUGAACGAUCAAAGACUCCAGAACCAUAUGACAUUCCGUGCUCACCUGCCCUUGAGAGUCAGAAAGCAUAUGUAACAGACAACUAUGACUACCACCCUGGUGAAUGUCAUUGCAUUUGUCAAGGAUGGGCAGAAAUCAAAAUAAGACGUCCCACUGGUAAUAUUUCUUGGAUCAUACGCAUCCAGAAUAGACCCGAGGGACAAAUGGCUGGAUAUUCAGAUGGAGAUAUUACUACUGCGCUUAUAGAUGACCCCCAUAUCAAAGAGUAUUUACUUGUUCCUGAUGGUGAAGCUGAAGCACUCAAGAUCCGGACCAAAAGUCACGARGUUCUAAGUAGAAGCAAAGACAGUGAAAUUCUUUUGAUUGACGUCAUAAAGAAAGACGACCAGUCAAAAUUAAGUACUGAUCCAAAAGAGGCYGAGUUACCUGUAUCRCAGCCUACAAAUGAUGACUUGGUCUCAACGGCGCUCGACGAUCAUUCAAAGCCUCAACAAGCAGAAGAAGAAUCAGACGACAACUCGCACUCCCCGAAAGCUAUUCAAUCUCUUGACAAAUUUACGCCUAUAAAUUCACCAACAUAUGACUCUGYKGAAUCUGAAAAUGAAUCAUUUAGCAACAGACCAAGAUUGCUUAGCAACAGUCCUAAGCGUGGUCCCUAUGCUUUUCGUAUGACCCGCCAUUCUGAAAGCUCAGAAACAAUUGAGCUUAAAUCUCAACCUGUUGAUUUAUCCUCUUCAGCUAAACGAAGACUGCAGUAUGAAAAGCCCGAGUUAGGUGUAUCUCCUGCAGAGUUUGACUCUGUGUUAAGYCCAUCCAGGUCAGAUCUAAAGACCUCUGAUAAGAACACGUAUCUAACCUCGUCAGAGAUGUAUCAGAUUGCUAGUAAUGAUGAAAAUCCAAAAGCGAUUGGCAUUGGUGGAGACAACAAGGACACUACACAACAUUAUAAAGAUGGUGGUGAGGUUCAACCUAAAGAGCAACCUGUAAAGAUGAGAUUGAAAAGUGAAGCAAAGUCAAAAUGUGCACGCCCAAGAUCGCUAGAGCUCCUCCCUUCAGAGAAAGACCCGAAAAUAAGCCACUCAACUCUUACACAUACUUGUAGCAAUACAUCAGGUCCUGUCACACCACAUAGACUGAAAGACAUUUUACAUAAAGAGCAGCAACACUSUUCAUCUGCUACGUCCAGCCCAAGGAUCCCAGUCAAGACAAAAUUAACAAAAUCCUUUAGUUUAAGUUCACCAAGAAUGAUAAGAAAGAAUCGAGCYGGUGCCAAAAACACACAGAGCUUACAUGGAAUCGAAACUUGUAAUGACCAGCUAGGUCAGAGUACGUUUGGAAAAGUCAACAAGAGUUCGUCUUCACCCGAUCUUUCCUCGCCUACUUUGAGUGGAGGCUCAAAGAUCAUCAGUGGAGAAACAAGUAAAGGAGAUGUCGGACCUAGACCAAGUAUGACACUUGUUACACCGAGUAAAGAMAGCAACGAAGCUAGCAGAGAACCACAAAAAUUUGUUUCUACGUCGGAGUCGUAUCGAUCUCCCUUGGAUCCUAACUUCGUCUUCCUUCAGCUUUAUCAUACAUCUUUUUAUGCAUCUUCACAAGACAAACCUAUACCGCUACGUGAAGGAGAGGUGUUGGAGCGAGCUAUCAAGUGUCUGGAUCGUAUCCCUCCGUAUGAUACACACAAGAUAGGCGUUAUUUAUGUUGGCCCUGAACAGCACAACAACGAAACAGCAAUACUCAGAAACGUGUACGGUUCAACACGCUACAUGAAAUUCAUCGCAGGUUUGGGACAACUCAUACGGCUAAAUGACUCUCCUCCAGACGAGAUUUAUACAGGAGGCCUGGACCGAGAAGGAGGAGAUGGUGAAUUUGCAUACAGCUGGCAGGAUAGUAUAUGCCAAGUUAUAUUCCAUGUUGCUACAUUGAUGCCAACCAAAGACUCUGAUCCUGGUUGCAACUCCAAAAAAAUGCAUAUUGGAAAUGAUUUUGUAACAAUCGUCUACAAUGAUUCAGAAGAAAAUGUUGCUUUUGGUACUAUCAAGGGUCAGUUCAACUUUGCUGAGUUGGUGAUUAAGCCUCUGGAUAACGAGUGUAAUGUCGUUACAGUCAGGUUCAAAGAAGAGUUAAAAAACCUGUCAGUGGAUACAGGUCCACGUGUUAUAUCAGACAUCAAUCUCUCCAUGCUUGUUAGACAACUUGCUAUCCAUAUCAAUAUGGCGUCUGUCCUAAAUCAGAGUUUAAAGCGAACUACUGAUGCAUAUGGGUGCAACUGGCUGGAAAGACUUCGUCAAAUCAAACGACUUCGUGGUAAAGCAGAAAUUCCAGUUCCUUGCAGUCCACCAGCGUCUGUCGGAAAAACACCUCAAAUAAGCCCUACAACAAUGACUCAUCCACAUUUGUUAGACUUUACUGAAUAUGUCAUAAGUGACAAGAAGUAGAAUGUAUCAUAUAAGGCUGUACUAUAUAGGCCAACGUCCUUAACAAUCUUGAGGGCUAGUUUCUAUUAGCUCCACGUGGGCUGGGAUUCGUUAAUUUAUGACUAAUAUUCCGAAUAUUCAAUGCAUUAAGAAUAAAACAGUAAUAUAUAAGAUAUAUUAUCAUGGUGUUAGCUUGUUGCGCUUUGAAAAACUCGGCAAUUGGGACUAGAUUGUACAAAGCUCUUGAAAAAUAGAAAUAUUAAAAAACGCAUAAAUAAAACAAAGGCUUGCCUCUUGGUAGUGA